AAGGUUAACAGCAACCCCAGCAGAGCGGAAAACAAAACACCUUCUCGUUUAUCCUCUCUCUCCCCUCUUUCCCACCGGCGUUUCUCUCCUCUCUCUUAAAUACAAGAAUAAAGAACGAAAGAAUUCGAAACCCCACAACAAAGACGAUUUCCCAACAAGAUAGAGAGCUCGAUACGUUCCUUGGUUCCUCCAGCGAAUCCUUCCAAAUCUCUUCCACAAGCUUUUCUUCUCCCCAUCUGCUUUCAGUCCACGGCGAUCGUGGCGCUCUCAGAUAUAUGAGCUUCAGGAUUUGAGAUUCAAGUCCCUUUUUUUAAUAGGAAUCUUGCCUUUUAUUACCUGUUAUUGAGACCUCAAUUUUUGGGCAAUCAUGGAAUCAAAAUCAUGUGCAAACCUUUUUGAUAUGGGAUCUGAUGAUGCAGUUGACUUCAGUUGGGCUAUUAAAUCACUUCCUAGGGUGAUGACAGCUCCUGGUAUUAUUACCGAUGCAGAUGGGAUUACAAGCAGUGAUGAGGAUUCUAAUACUUCUACCUCUGUAUUCCGGGAUCGGAAAAUACUAGUAGCGAACUUCCUUCCACUUCAUUCUUUUAAGGAUCAAGUCAACGGAAAAUGGUGCUUCAUGUGGGAUGAGGACUCACUUCUGCUGCAACUAAAAGAUGGCUUUUCUUCUGAUACGGAAGUUCUCUAUGUAGGUAGUUUAAAGGUUGAUGUAGAUGUUAGUGAGCAAGAAGAGGUUGCUCAAAAGCUCCUUGAGGAUUACAAGUGCAUACCCACUUUUCUUUCUCCAGACAUCCAAAAGAAGUUCUAUCAUGGCUUCUGUAAGCAGCAACUGUGGCCUCUUUUCCAUUACAUGCUUCCCAUCUGCCUUGUCAAGGGUGACCUUUUCAACCGUUCCCUUUUUCAGGCUUAUGUUUCUGCCAAUAAAAUAUUUGCAGACAAGGUUGUGGAGGUUAUCAAUUCAGAUGAUGACUAUGUAUGGGUUCAUGACUAUCACCUCAUGCUUGUCCCGACUUUCUUAAGGAGACGGCUGAAUCGAGUGAGGCUUGGUUUCUUUCUGCACAGCCCAUUUCCAUCCUCAGAGAUCUACAGGACACUGCCAGUUAGAGAUGAAAUCCUUAGAGCAUUGCUUAAUGCCGAUCUUAUUGGUUUUCAGACAUUUGAUUAUGCUCGGCAUUUCCUUUCUUGUUGUAGCAGGAUGUUAGGCCUGAACUAUGAAUCCAAGCGUGGUUAUAUUGGAUUGGAAUAUCUCGGUCGUACAAUUAGCAUCAAGAUUCUCUCCGUGGGUGUUCACAUAGGCCGUCUCCAAUCUGUGUUAAAUUUUCCUGACACGAUUACCAAGGUUCAAGAGAUCGAACAGAGAUUCAAGGGGAAAAAAUUGUUAUUAGGUGUGGAUGACAUGGAUAUAUUUAAAGGCAUCAGUCUGAAAUUGCUAGGAUUAGAACUUUUACUGGAGAGGCAUCCCAAACUAAGAGGAGAGGUAGUCCUUGUACAAAUUGUCAAUCCUGCAAGAAGCAUGGGAAAAGAUGUGAAGGAAGCAAGAGAGGAAGCCAUAUCUAUAGCUGAAAGGAUCAAUCUUUCCUAUGGUGCUCCUGGCUAUGAUCCGGUGGUCCUUAUUGACAACCCUUUACCUUUUUACGAAAAAAUUGCCUUCUAUGUGGCAGCAGAAUGUUGCAUUGUAAAUGCUGUUAGAGAUGGCAUGAACUUAGUCCCCUAUGAGUAUAUAGUCUGCAGACAGGGAACUGAGGAGAUGGAUCAAUGUAGGGGUGUCAGGUUGGAGUUACCUCACACAAGCACGCUUAUUGUCUCCGAGUUUGUAGGUUGCUCUCCAUCUCUUAGUGGGGCUUUCAGGGUCAACCCUUGGAGUGUUGAGGAUGUGGCCGAUGCUUUAUACAAAGCAGCUGACUUGUCAGAAUCUGAGAAGCAAUUGCGUCAUGAAAAACAUUACCGUUAUGUCAUCUCCCAUCAUGUUGCUUAUUGGGCCCGUAGUUUUUCCCAGGAUCUGGAGAGAGCAUGCAAGGAUCAUUACAAUCGAAGGUGCUGGACCAUUGGAUUUGGUUUAGGUUUCAGAGUUAUUGCCCUUUCUCCUAGUUUUAGAAAGUUGUCCUUUAAUCACAUUAUUUCCUCAUACAAGAAAACCCACAGGAGGGCAAUAUUUUUGGAUUAUGAUGGCACCAUUAUGCCUGAAGCAUCCAUCAAUAAAAUGCCAAGUGCAGAUAUCAUUUCUGUCCUGAACAACUUGUGCAGCGAUUCAAACAAUACCGUGUUUAUUGUCAGUGGAAGAGGACGGACAUCUCUUGGUGAAUGGUUUGCACCUUGUGAGGCCCUUGGUAUUGCUGCUGAACAUGGCUAUUUCAUUAGAUGGACUAAAGCCACGGAAUGGGAAUCUAGUUCAACUGUUGUUGACUCUGACUGGAAGAAGAUCGCAGAACCUGUUAUGAGAUUAUAUACUGAGACAACAGAUGGUUCCUGUAUAGAAUCAAAGGAGAGUGCGUUGGUAUGGCAUCAUCAGUAUGCAGAUCCUGACUUUGGUUCUUGCCAAGCCAAGGAACUACUGGAUCAUCUUGAGAAUGUGCUAGCAAAUGAGCCAGUGGUUGUCAAAAGAGGUCAGCAUAUUGUGGAAGUUAAACCUCAGGGAGUAAGUAAAGGACUGGUUGUAAAGAAACUCAUUGGAACAUUAGUCAAUAGUGGGAAGCCACCAGAUUUUGUUAUGUGUAUUGGCGAUGAUCGAUCCGAUGAGGAUAUGUUUGAGAUCAUCAAUAGCACAUCUUCUAGUAAUCUAUUUCCUGCAGUUCCUGAAAUCUUUGCAUGCACAGUGGGCCAAAAGCCGAGCAAGGCCAAGUAUUAUCUCGAAAAUACUGGUGAAGUGAUAAGAUUACUGCAAGGCAUGGCUGCUGUGUCAGCUCAAAAACAUAAGUUCACCCUCCCUCAAGUUUCCAUUUAAGGGCCACAUGAAGCGAAUGAGUAAGCUCAUCUCCCCCUUGGUUACUGGUGACAACCUGCGCAUUCUGAUGGUAACCUGCCCAUUCUGAUGGUUGACAGUCUGAUAUGCAUAUAUCUUAGCAUAUUCUGGUGUUUGGGGAGUUUAUCUUUGGGGUCUUGAUUCUGAUCCUUUCAAGCGUACCAGUCAUCACAUUCAUAUAUGGUAUGCUUUUCAACAGAAGAGGUAUUGACUGACUUGGAUAGGAUUGAAGGUGUCGCCAUCAUAGGCAAUUUUGAAAAUAGGGUAAACCUUUGAGAUUCUUUUUUUUUUUUUGAUGACAUUUCUAGAAGUCUGAGAUGCAGAAGACACCAUUAUUUUGUAUAGGUAUUGGCAUAUAUAACCAGUUCGACAAACAGCCAGGUUUGAAUGAAAUGUGGUUUUAAUUUCAAGAGAUUUUGUUCAGUUGCGUGCAUCUGUUCUUCAUGUGAUAUAUACCUUUUUUUUAAUAUAAUCAUUCUCAAUAUAUUUUCA